AUGUUAAACUCGCAACAAAUAGGUGAUCAAACAGGUGAAGAGGUUAUCAAGCAACGUAUAACAAAACACCGGCGAACACAUUCUGUAAAUAACAUCCACAAGCAACCGAUGGCGCCAAAAGGUGGUCGACAGUCUAGAGAUUGGGAACACUAUGGGCAAGUCAAUAACCCUGGAAGGGUCCGUUCGAGCAAAUGGAGGAAAAUCUACCAGCCUGAGAACUUCGAGCGAGGUUCAUCUCCAAAAGAUACUUGA